CCACCCGCCUCACCCAAAUCUAAAGCAGUUAUGGGGAAUCCAAACAGCUAUAAGCAUUGUGACCUCAGUGCCUCUGUCACCAUCCAACCUUUUCAGCAUCAGAAAAUGUCAAUCAUCCAGCCAAUCCCGCACAGGGAUGCAGGGAACUUGACUUGCCUCUUGCACGUUUUGAACACAAUGAAAGUUGGGUGAAUUAUACCUACUCUUUGGCUGGAACCGGUAGUUCCAGAUACUCAGGAAGCUGAGGCAGGAGGAUGUGUUCAGCCCAGAAGUUCAGUCUAGGCAACACACUGGAGACCCUGGCUCAAAAUAAUUCAUAAAACAGCCUGAGAUGGCGCAAGCCUUUUAUCCCAUUACUCGGGAGGCAGAGACAGGCAGAUGUCUGUAAGUUCAAGGCCUUCCUGGUCAACAGAGUGAGAUCCAGGACAGGCACCAAAACUACACCGAGAAACAGGGCAGAAGUUUCAGUGGUCUGUAAGGAGGGUUUAUGUCCGGGUGAGAUGGGUUCAACCACUUACCAAGAUGAGGCCAGUUAGUAAAAACCUCCCCAAACAACCAACCAAUUAUUUACCUACAUCUCUCCGCUUUACCAAUGACCUAGAACUUGUCAGACACUCCCUUAACCACGCCCCCAGGCCGAGAACGGCUGUGUCACUUGCGACUAGGUCCCUGGACCCGAAGGAGAAGGGCGCAGGCCCGAGCCUGGCGGCGGCAGCACACCGAACACGCGGAGCGGGGCCGACGUGCAGGAGGAGGAGCUUGCGGCCAGCUCGCUGUCAUGUCGCGCCAGGCGAAGGAUGACUUCCUGCGGCACUACACAGUCUCCGACCCCAGGACCCACCCCAAGGGCUACACGGAGUACAAAGUGACGGCGCAGUUCAUCUCAAAGAAGGACCCAGAGGAUAUCAAAGAGGUGGUAGUCUGGAAGCGAUACAGUGACUUCCGUAAGCUACAUGGGGACUUGGCCUAUACUCACCGCAACCUCUUCCGCCGCCUAGAAGAGUUUCCAGCUUUCCCCCGUGCCCAGGUGUUUGGUCGAUUUGAAGCCUCUGUGAUCGAAGAAAGACGCAAGGGUGCAGAGGACUUGCUGCGCUUCACAGUACCCAUCCCUGCACUCAACAACAGCCCCCAGCUCAAGGAGUUUUUCCGGGGUGGGGAGGUAACACGGCCCUCUGAGGUAUCCAGAGACCUACGCAUCCUGCCGCCCCCUCUCAUCCCCACACCACCUCCAGAUGAGGCCCGGCUACUCCAGCCACUGCCCGCAGAAAGGAGGGGCCAGGAGGAGUUGGAUGUGCCAGCGGAUCCCCUACCAUCUAGCCCUGCCCAGGAGGCCUUGGAUCUUCUCUUCAGCUGUGACAGCACCGAGGAAGCAUCCAGCUCCCCAGCCCGAGGGCCCCUCUCUGAGGCUGAACUUGCCCUUUUCGACCCCUACUCCAAAGAGGAAAGUACAGGCCCCAGCCCCACCCACACCAGUGAGCUGGCAGCCAUGGAGGUGCAGUCCAGAAGACUGGACCAGGAGCCCUGGGAGCCAGGGGGCCAGGAGAAGGAAGAGGCAGAGGAUGGAGAGCCCGCCCCAGCCUAUCUGAGGCAGGCCACAGAGCUCAUCACUCAAGCCCUUCAGAGUGAAAACAGUGGCGCCUAUGCAGAGGCGCUCCAAGGCUACCGAGACGGGGUGCACAUCCUGCUUCAGGGAGUCUCGGGUGACCCCUCCCCUGCCCGCCGGGAAGGUGUGAAAAAGAAGGCAGCUGAGUACCUGAGGCGGGCAGAGACCCUCCAUGCGCACUUGCCUUGAGGGGUGGACCCUUCCGGGAUGUCAGCUCCUGCACUGCCAGCCUCCUCCACUCCUUUCCUUGGGACCCGGCCCUGUUUCCUGCUCUUGUAACCCCUGGGACCAUAUCUGUUAACUGGAUCAAGUAUGAGAAGAGCAAAGACUCAUCAGCUCUGACCGACCUCUCUGUUUUAUGUGAAUGGCGUGUGGCCACUAAUCUCUCUUCACCCGUCUAGAGCCAGGGUCUGCAGCCUCUACACUCGGCGGCCAGCCCUGGCCCACUGCCUUUUUUUGUAAGGCCCUCAAGCUACAAGGGUUUUUCCUUCUUUUUUUGUUGUUGUUGUUGUUGUUGUUGUUAAUGGUUGGAAGGAAAAGGAUUCUUUGACCAGUGAAAAUUUUAUAAAAUUUAAAUAUGUGUGAAUAAAAACGAGUCAGAACACA